GUUUGAACAGGCACAGCAGAAGUGGAUACGGAAAAUACACGCAGAGCAAAUUAGUUAAGUUUGUAUUUUAAAGUAAAAUUUUAGUGAAUGUUUGCCACUUAAUUGUGUCUAUCCACCUGCUCCUGAAUUGCCACGAGGAACCCUUCUGUUUCUGGGAAGAGGACUUCACCUCAGAGCCAGGCGAUCGACGCUUGCCUGUUGACAUCCAGUCUGCUCAGGUCACUGUUGUUGCCGAGUCUCCAGUUCCUGCUGCAGUCAUGAAUGAGGUCAUGCAACUAGCUGCUGUGGGCCGUCCUUUCCAGUUGGGAAUGCUGUACGACUGCCGGUCAGACACUCUGAUCCCAGGCAUCACAUUGUGGGAUUUACAGACACUCCAAAGCAACGUCAGCACUCACGAUCAGUCCAGCACUGAGUUUCACAUCAUUGCAUCAGACACCAUGGAUGAGAAAUGCUCUGCACUUAAUGUGUCGGGUUCGAUGAAAGCAAGUCUCUUGUGUGGGCUCGUGGAAGUGAAAGGGUCUGCAAAAUAUCUCAGUGACACAAAGGGAUCAAAGCAACAAGCACGAGUUACCCUUCAGUACAAAACAACAACCCGGUUUGAACAACUGACCAUGAGCCACUUAGGGAGACAGAAUAUCACCUAUCCGAGUGUGUUUGAUGAGGGCUCAGCGACCCAUGUCAUUACAGCAGUACUGUAUGGAGCCCAGGCUUUCUUUGUGUUUGAUCAAGUGGUUUCCUCAGCAGAGAAAUUGCAGGAUGUCCAGGGUAAUAUGGAGUUGACCAUUAAACAUCUCCCAAAGAUUGCAAUUGAAGGUGAGGGCUCCAUAAAAAUGACAGAAGAACAAAAAUCAAAUGUGGAGAAAUUUAACUGCACCUUUUAUGGGGAUUUCUCACUGAAGAGCAACCCCACCACAUUCCAAGAUGCCAUCAGUACCUAUGCAACUCUCCCAAGCUUACUGGGACCAGGUGGGGAGCAUGCGGUGCCCAUGACAGUCUGGCUUUACCCUCUCAGUAAACUAGACCCAAAAGCUGCUCAGCUGGUGAGAGAGGUAAAUGUGGGAUUCGUCAGUCGCUGCCAGCGUGUCCUGGAACAGUUCGGCGAGGCAGUGAUGAGAUGCAAUGAUAUGGAGAAACACAGAGCUGCCAUUCAGUUUCCCAAGCUCAGGGACAGGAUAGUGAAAUUCCGAGAGUUGUGUCAGGAAUACAAACUCGUUUUCCAGCGGAAUUUAGCGAGAGAUCUUCCAAUCAUCCAGGGAGGUAUGGGUGAGGAAGAGUUACUCGUGGAUAUACUGAAAAACAAGGAAGAUUCACCAUUCAGACACCAGUCACUGAUCACAUGGCUGGAUGACAAGGAAAGGGAGAUGAAGUUAGUGGGACAUUAUCUCAGGAUAUUCGAUGAUGUACCUUCUGUGAAAGUAGUGAGUGAGUUGGAGGAUGAAUUGAUGGAUCAUGAAAUGGACUAUGUGGUUUGCUUCACCUUUACAACAUUGCAUCAGGAGGAUGUCUAUCUGUCAGAGACCAUCAAUUACCUCCAAUCUCACACAACUCUGAAGAUACAGGCACCAACUCCUGCUGAUGGAGACUGUGUAACACAACACAGUGAGCAGUGGUUUCACUCAGAGAUUGUAAAACGAAAGAUGAAGGAACAAUCCCAGUUAUUCCUGGAGUUUGCCAAGGCCAACAAAUCAGAUAAGAACGUAAAAUUCCUUGUUGCUUCUGUGAAAGAUGACAGCCACAUAGGAACAUCUAUUUACCUGUACGAGGGUGCGUGUAUAAAGAGCCGAUGCUUUGAACCCCCAUCACAGCCCCCAAGUCCUGUGACUGGUGGAACAACACAUGACAGUACGACACUGCAGUUACACCCUCCUCGAUAUGGUAUGGGUGAGAUUGUGGGUUACAAGAUAGAGUACAAAGGUACCCAGCAGGAAGAAUGGACAAUUCUGGAUACACAAGGUAAAUCUGAGUCUUUAACAAUAUCUGGGUUACAGCCACAUCAGGAAUAUCAUUUCCAAUACCGAGCUGUGACCAAGGCAGGGGUUAGUAAGGCCAGUGAUAGCUCUAGGCAGAUCACACUUCCUACAAGUUCACCUGGUAAACCGAUCUUCCGGGAUUGUUCACCAAUUGCAACACUAUCCUGGGACAGCCCAAGUCAUAUUGGAGCUGGUGUUGAAAUAGUUCAGUACAGGAUCGAAUACAGAGAAGAAACAUCAGUUACGUCCAACACAGAGGCUCCAUCGUGGACGGAAGUAAAGACAACAGACAGUGAAUGUCACUAUAACUUAACAGGAUUGAAACCUCAGACAGAUUACAGAGUCCGAGUGUCUGCUGACUGUGGAGAAGCAGGUUCGAGUGUAGCAAGUGAAGAGGUUUUAAUAAAAAUUGGAGAAGUAGCAAAGAGAAUAUUGCAGAAACUUGUUACAAAAUCCCAAUUAAAAUCUUCAGGAAACCCUUCCAUUUACACGCUGAACCUGCAGAAGGAGAUAUUUGGAAAGUCCAAACAUCUUGUGAAUUGUUCCUUUGGAAAACCCAGCAUAAACCAUAUCAUGAAGACAAUUAUGGUUUUGGGAGCAACAGGGUCAGGAAAGACGACCCUUAUCAAUGGGAUGAUCAAUUACAUAUUGGGUGUGGAAUGGGGUGACAACUUCAGAUACAUGUUAAUACAGGAAGAGACUGGAAGGUCGCAGGCUGAAAGUCAGACAUCCACCAUCACUGCCUACAAACUACACCAUCAGGUGGGAUUUAACAUCGAUUACUCACUGACUAUCAUUGAUACACCAGGAUUCGGAGAUACCAGGGGAAUAAGCCGAGAUAAAGAGAUUACUGACAACAUUCGAGAGUUUUUCACUUCCCCACAGGGGAUUGAUCAGAUCGAUGCCAUGUGUUUUGUUGCUCAAGCAUCUUUGGCUCGCCUGACUCAGACACAGAAAUAUGUCUUUGAUUCAAUUCUUUCUAUUUUUGGCAAAGAUAUUGCAGAGAACAUUCAGAUUCUGGUGACUUUUGCAGAUGGAAAGCGCCCCCCUGUUCUGGAGACUUUGAAAGUAGCUGAGGUACCAUGUCCCAAAGAUAAAAAUGGGGUGCCAGUUCACUUCAAGUUUAACAAUUCUGUCAUAUUUGCCCAGUGUCCAGCCCCUGGAAAUGCUACCAACAAGAGAUCUGAUGACAGCGGGGAAGAGGAAGAUGAUGAUAACUUUGAUGCGAUGUUCUGGAAGAUGGGAACUAACAGUAUGAAGAAAUUCUUUAGAGCUCUCAACACAAUGGAACCAAGAAGUUUAGUUUUGACCGAAGAGGUUUUGAGGGAACGUAAGCAGCUGGAAGCUGCAAUGAAGGGAUUGCAGGAUCAGAUCCAAGUCGGGCUGACCAAAUUGGAGGAACUCAAGAAAACGAAACAGGUUCUGGAGAAGCAUCAGAACAAGCUGGAUGAAAAUAAAGACUUUGAGUUUGAAGUUGAUGUCACACAUACAAAAAAGGAGGAUCUUGGAUCUAAUGCUUCGAAGUUUUCAGGCCACGUAAAAAUUUCCUGCUCAGAGCAAUGGUUGGUCCACGUAGCUGUAAAAACUAAUUGAAGGAGUCUGCAUAUUGUGACAAGAAUACACAUAGAUGAAGAUGUAGCUGUCCUGUGCUGGCACCAGUGGGAUCAGCAGUUGGUCUGCCACCUGUCUUCAGGAGAGAGAGAGAUAAGGCAAACAAUGGAGCAGCAUUUGGAGAUGUUAAUGAAGGAAGAAGAGCUGUCAAGAUCGGCUCCCCCUUUGAACCCUGAACUGUUUGAAGUGAUGGACAGGCGAUUUGGAGAUGUGUAAUGAAGGGACGGGAGAGAGAGCUGUCAAGAGUGGCUCCCCCUUUGAACCCUGAACUGUUUGAAGUGAUGGACAGGCGAUACCCCAGCAGGGGGAUAAAAAGGGACAGGUUCACUAAGGCAGGACACACACGACACCCGAGGUAACAAGACUCUGGAAGCGGUGCGUCUCUCACAAGUCGGUGGGAAGUAUCAGGCCAUAGACGCACAGGGUGGAAAGGCACGAUCGGUGGGAACCCGGUAUGUGUCCACCCUCGCUUGGGUGCCAGGUUCACCGCAGAGAAACGGUCGUAUCUGGAAACGGAGGGGUCACGGUCGGUGACCUCAGAUGACAUCACAAAGGACUCGCCCGGAAGCUGACUGCGAAGGUCUGUGUGGAAGCCUUGAAUAUUCAUUCGUUUUGCUCUCUCUCUCCUUCCCCCACACUGUCCAUCGCCACGGCAGCGAUUACUGCGAACUGAACUGAACUAAAUUGAACUGAACUUUGCGUCACUUUGAAACUGGUCAUUUACCCCGAGACAACGAUAGAGCUUGAUUGAUCCUGUUAUCUUAAUUCUGUGUACAUGUAUAUUUAUCAUUGCUGAACUGUUGCAUUCAUUAUCCUUUUGAUUAGAGUACUAUGUUGCUUGUUUCUUUAAUAAAACUUUCUUAGUUCUAGUAAUCCAGACUCCAACUGAGUGAUCCAUUUCUGCUGGUUUGGCAACCCAGUUACGGGGUACGUAACAAUAUGAAAACAAAUAUUUAUGAAUGUUGUUUGUAGUGAAUUGAUGUCCCUUAUUGGAGUUAUAAACAUUGAAUAAAAGCUUUGCUUAGGACCAUUUUGAUGACCAGAUGCCGCCGUCCUGCCUAAUGCAAAUACUAUUAAUUAUUCAGGGAGAGGUCGAACAUUGUGAUAUUGGGCCACCAGGAGUGGGAUUGGAAGCCUAUCUAACACUCUUCAUAAUUUUGUAUAGCUCUGUCAGAUCUCCCCUCAUUCUCCUAUGCCAUGGAAUAAGGUCCAAAACUAUUCAACCUUUCCUUAUCACUCAGAUCCUCAAUUCUCGGCAUCAGUCUUUCAAUUGUCUUAAAGGUUACUUCAUAAUGACUUCUCCACCUUCUGUUCUCAACAUAGUAAAUUAGAAAUGGACUAUAUAAACUGUCCAGGGACGCAAUCCCUAAUCAUUCUGAUGAAUUCAUGCCCUAUCCAAAGCUGCUGUUUCAUCUCUCCCCUUGUUCACUACUGAACACUCCAAGCUGGGGCAGUACCCAUCUUUGCACAUCCAGGGCAGGAGUUUGUUCAUUUUGUGUUCUAGUGUGGUCGUCUUGAGAUGAAAUGAAAGUUGCAGAUGCUGGAAAUCCAAAAUAAAAACAGACAAUUCUGGAAAUAUUCAAUAGGUUGGACAGCUGUUGUAGAAAAGAAUCAGUUCUGACGAAGAGUCUCAGACUUGAGACUUCUCAUUGGAUGCCGCCUGACCUGGAGAGUGUUUCCAACGUUUUCUAUUUUUAUUGCAGAUUUCAAGCACCUGCAGUUAUUUGAUUGUCAUCCUUUCAAGAGAUCUCCCUUUAUGUUCAACCUCUUGAAAGUGACUUCAUUGCCCAGUAGUAUAACCAGUAUGGCCUCUGCUCUAGUCAGCCUGUCCACCUCAACGUCACCUCAUUGGGUCAGGCAUCCAUCCUGGACACACCUAGCAAAUUCUGCCCCAUCUAAACAUUUUUCACUGAGGAGAGCAAUCUCUGAAGGCACUGACUUGUCUGUGAAAUUGCAGAGAUGGGACAAGUGGUCAGCAUUUUAAGAAGACCCCUGAUCAGCAGGAUACUGCAAAUAAACUUCCAGUUUCCACAGCCUUCCCCUCAGACUCACUUCAACAUGAGGGAAUGUCAGGGCUGUGUAGGCUCUGCCAUGCAGGGCCAAUGCCCAGACACCAGCCUAGGUUUCUGCUUGGAAGAAGUUCCAGCUCUCCUGCCAAUGGAAGGGGGAAACACUCCUGUGGGGGACACAACCUUUGGCCACUCCCACCUGCAAGAGGUGUGUUGUCAACCUCCCAGCAGUAAUUGCCCGAAGUGAAAUACAAGUUGCCUGAAUUACAAGGGGAGAUCGCAGAGACUGACAAUUUCUUCCUGGAACGUAAGAGAUUGAAGUGUGACCUCACAGAGGUAUAUAAAAUCAUGAGGGCAUAGACAUAUUGGAAGCACAUAGUAGUUUUCAAACUCAGAAUUAGAACCUGGUUUAUUUUCCCUUUAAUAUUGGGGCAGCAGGUCCAUGCAAGAUAUAAACUUUUUCCACUGAGGGUGGGUGAGACAAGAACUAAAGUUUAUGGAUAAAAGUAUGGGACGAGCUGCCAGCUAAAGUGAUUGCCAGGUCUGCAGGACCUGACUGAAAAGGAAAGAUCGAAUAGCUUAGGACUUUAUUCCUUAGAAUGUAGAAGAUUGAGAGGAGAUUUGAUAGAGGUAUACAAUAUUAUAGUGGUAUAGAUAAGGUAAAUGCAAGGAAGCUUUUUCCGCUGAGGUUGAGUGGUGUAUUGGAGGGGUCGUGACUGUCACGGGACAGCACUGCCCACUACCUGGACGGAAGGCACACCACCUGCCAAUCAAGGUUUGACCCCUCCUCGCCCAUCAGUGCACACCUAACCAUUGGCCCCUUUAAUUAGCCUUGUACUUGGCCUCGGGCAAUUGGCCUUUGUAAUCAGUUUAUCUCUGCUGGCAUCCUGUGAAUUACCUGAGCUGGACCCUCCAGCCCUCCUGCACUAAAAGGGUGCCACAUGUGCUGGGCUCUCUCUCUCUUUGCCAUCUCCGAGGGACCACCCUGCUUCACUCCAGGCUGAGAACCAUGGAACGGCGCUGGAGAAACUGUUUGAGCUGUGCAUUGAAUAGGGUUGGGAGCAAUGAUUAUUGUCCCUAAUAGCAUACAGCCAUGCCUGCACAGAGUCAAGGGGUGGAGGGUAUCGUAUUGACUUUUCCUUUGGUUGUGGUUCUGGUUUUGUGUGUGUGUGUGUGUGUGUGUGUGUGUGUGUGUGUGUGUGUGUGAUUUUGUGCGAGUGUGUGUGUUGCUUCAGUUGCCCUUUUCCCACGUUUGCCUUCUGUAAAUAAAAUCCUUUACUACCAAGACUGUGUGCCCAGAGUCCUUGCCUUUGACACCUACCCAAUCUGUUUCCUCACUUACCGCAGGUGGGACUACAACAGUGCUCAUGCAUUAAGAGUAAAAGAUGAGAAGUUUAAAGGGAACUUGAGGGAAAACUUUGUUGUUCAUGGCAUUUCCAUAUUGGCCUGACAACUCCCACCUGUUUACAUCGAUUUGUCUCUGCAACAUAUGUCUAAAUUCCCUAUUUAUCCUCUGUCUGCCUGUCUGUCGACACUACCUGUCAGUCUACAUCAGCCUUUAUGUAUUGAUACAUCUCUCUUCACCUCUCCGCCUGUGCCAGCCCAUCUGUACCAGGCACUCCACAUCCAUCUGUCUGCAACAGGCCGUCAAUAUCAGCCUGUCUA